UGCACCAUCUGUCGUACUUCAUAAGAAAUAUCAAAGGUGUAAAAGAUAACCACCCAAAGUAGGCAUUCGUAUUUCUUCUUGCCCACAUUGGAGGCAGAUUGUGGGAACCAGUCUUCCUCCCCCAAGUACAACAGAAAGAUGGGUCAUAUUCUCCAUUGAUGAAGCCAAUUGAUCAUUUGUUGCCAUGAAGCAUAUGAUUGAUGACGAGCUCCAAAAAGAAUGACCAAUGAUCACAGGCCCGGAAGGCAUCUUUUUACCUUGUUUAGGACAAACAUGCAAAGCGACAGACAAGCACCAUUAAUAACGACGAGAACUGGUUUCAACUUACAGACAAUGCAUUUCCUCCCACUGCCACUCCCAAAACAUGCUUCCCCCAAUUGGCCACUGCCCUUGGAGACACGCAGUAGCGACUGUUCAAAACAGUCAUACACUUUCCAGCUAAAAAAGCAAUACUGUUUUUCACUCCAGCACAUCCCCCACUUCUCCCAUUCUCUCUCUCUAAAAAGAGAGGCUAGACAUCGAAAAAUGAAUCUUUUGAGAAAAAUACAGUACGUAAUCUUGUCUUUUCUUAUGGCGCAGAAAGUUCCAUAAGCAUAUAGACCGGGAAAGCACAUGCCAUUACUCCCCAACUGUCAGGCUUUUGCCAUCCUUCACAUGCAAUACCCAACCACUUCCCUGCCGUAUACACUCCACUGAGUUAUUGAUUCUACAGAAGUGAAGCGACGACGCCAGUCUCCUGUAGCACCAUCAGGACCAGAGCACCAACAUGAGAGUUUCCCAUUCCUUGAUUCUUCUCUUCUUCUUCUUCUUCUUCUUCAGUUCAGCCACCUCUGCAACGAAAGAAAUCCGAGCCGGGUUCUGGCCACCAUUCUCCAAUUCGUAUGCACCUCCUUCUUCGAUCGACACAUCUGUGUACACCCACAUCUUCUACGCCUUCCUUGGCACCAAGAGCAUCGACACCAACUUCACAGUCUCCAGGGAAGAGCUUCCGCUUCUCACCACCUUCUCCACCACGUUAAAAACAAAGAAUCCAUCAAUCAAGACACUGCUUUCUAUAGGGGGUUUGCUGUCUAACUCUACCGAGUUCUCAGCGGUGGCCGCAGACAGAAACCAAAGAAAGGCAUUCAUCGAUUCCGCCAUAGCCUUGGCCAGAGCACAUGGUUUUGAUGGUCUGGACUUCGCUUGGGAAUUCCCAGCAUCACCAGAGGACAUGGACAACUUGGGUGUUCUGCUAAAUGAAUGGAAAAGAGAAAUUGAAGAGGAGGCACAGAACAGUCCGCCGUUGUGGUCGCCAUUGCUGCUUACGGCCACUGUUUACUUCUCCAACCACCUCCUUGCUGCUCCGACAUCAAAUCUUUACUACCCAGUGGAAGCCAUGGCGCAGAGUGUAGAUUGGGUCAAUGCAAUGUGCUUCGACUACCAAGGGAGUAACAGAGAGGAGCAAGACCACACGAAAACCCAUGCUGCAUUAUUUAAUCCCAACAGCCAACUUUCUACCAGCUAUGGCAUCGAUUCAUGGAUGGACGCGGGUCUGCCUUCUAACAAGCUAGUCAUGGGCAUACCUCUUUAUGGCAGGUCUUGGAUCCUCAAGAACAAAGAGAAGAAUGGGAUUGGAGCGGCCGCAGUGGCAUUCGGACCAAGGCAGAGGUUGAGUAACCAAACCGGUGUCAUGGCUUACUCCGAGAUUCAAAAGUUCUUGCAGGACAAAGACGCAACCUUGAUGUAUGAUAAUUCUACUGUUUCCGCUUAUGGCUAUGCUGGUGAUCUGUGGGUCAGCUUCGAUAGUCAACGGGUUGUAGCGGAAAAGAUCAGCUUCGCUAAGCAGAACAGACUUAUUGGGUACUUCCUGUGGCCAAUAACCUUCGACUCUAAUUAUUCGUUGUCAAUGACAGCUUCACAUUCUUGGACGACCAGUUCUCCCACAACAAACACAGAUCUAGACGAACCUGCCCCAGCUCCCUCUGAGUUGCCAAGAAGAGCUUCUCCCCCAAGCUUAUUAUCCCUAGUGGGUGUAACGGAGAGCAGCUCAGAGAGUUUCAUUUUUCAUUUCAACUGCUACCUCCAUCUACUCCUGCUAUUAUCCUUCAUAUUGAUCUUUAACCUUUGAGAUAAAUAUCGGCAUA